CUGUGAACUUUGCUCCACUCCGUCUACGUACGUCCACGGACCUCUGCAGAAGCGUCGCUGCGUAGGUACGGAAUAAUGUCUCGGGCUUCGGAAAGACUGAGAGUAAUCACGGGUCAUCUCAAGCGACCACCGGCUGUCAUCGCUGCUCUGGGAACAUCAGCUCCCAGUGCUGUUCACCCGUCUCAUCUACCUCCGAGGUUCAGAUACACUUUUAAUAGUGACCUGCUGACGGCAGACCAGCGGCUCUUCUAUGAAGAAAAUGGGUUCAUUCUCAUCAAGAAUCUGGUUUCUCAUGAUGAUAUCGAUAAGUUCAGGGACGAGUUUGAGCGCAUCUGUCGACAGGAAGUGGAGGUUCCAGGUCUUAUGGUAAUGAGGGACGUUGCGAUUGCCAAGUCCGAGUUUGUUGCAGAUCAGAAGGCUGUUUCCAAGAUUCAAGACUUCCAACAGGAUGAGGAGCUUUUCCGCUACUGCUGCCUGCCCGAGAUCCUCAAGUAUGUGGAGUGUUUCACUGGCCCUAACAUCAUGGCCAUGCACACCAUGCUCAUCAACAAACCUCCUGAUGCAGGAAAGAAGACUUCCCGUCAUCCCAUGCACCAGGACCUCCAUUAUUUCCCCUUCAGACCAGCUGAUCAUAUCGUCUGUGCUUGGACUGCGAUGGAGAAAGUGGACCGACAGAACGGCUGCCUGGUGGUCCUGCCUGGCACUCACAAGGACACGCUGAAGGAGCAUGACUACCCAGAGUGGGAGAACGGAGUGAACACGAUGUACCAUGGUGUGCGUGAUUACGACCCAGAGCUGCCAAGGGUUCACCUGGAGAUGGAGAAGGGCGACACUGUCUUCUUCCACCCGUUGCUGAUUCACGGAUCGGGCGUGAACAGGACUCAGGGAUUCCGGAAGGCCAUCUCAUGCCACUAUGCCAGCGCUGACUGCUACUACAUCGAUGUCAUGGGAACCACGCAGGAGAACAUAAAGAACGAAGUGAUUCAGUUGAUUCAGAAGAGAUAUUCUUCAUCCGAAGGGAUCACCUUCCAGGACUCUUGGGCCUUCAGGGGCCGCCUGGUGCAGGGAGAGAGGACUUCACUGUGAUGGAAUCUUCUGAGAGGAGAUGACCGCUGAGCACAUUUCACCUUCUAACUUUUACUCAGAGUACCUCUAAUGGUUCAUGUUGUACAUGAUUGCUGACAUAUUUUUAACCUGAUUAUCAUAUUUUAGAUCAGAGAGGAAUUGUAAGGGAUGUUUAAUGAAUGUAAAAUCAAUCAAUAAAUAUC